AUGGAUCACAGCAGUAUGAACAUGACGGGAUCCAGCACCAACAGUAGCAGCAGUAGCAUGAAUCACGGGGGCAUGGCUAUGGGCGGCUGCAAGAUCUCCAUGCUGUGGAACUGGAACACCGUCGACAGCUGCUUCAUCUCCGAGUCAUGGCACGUCACCUCCCGCGGCAUGUUUGCCGGCUCGUGUGUUGGCGUUAUCCUUCUCGUCAUGACCCUCGAGGCCCUCCGGCGGUCCGUAAAGGAGUUUGACCGGUACCUCAUCCGGAAGCACGCGGCCGCAGCUGCCGCCGCCGCCGCUCCUGCCGCCGCUUCCCAAGACGUUGAGCCGUCGCCGAAGAGCUGUGCGGCAACAGCGCCUUGCUUUGCCGGUUUCCGUCCCACCAUUUUCGAACAGGCCAUCCGGGCACUCCUUCACAUGUUCCAGUUUGCGGUCGCCUACUUUGUCAUGUUGCUCGCCAUGUACUAUAACGGCUACUUCAUCAUUUGCAUAUUCAUCGGCGCCUAUCUGGGCUCAUUCAUAUUCCAGUGGGAGACCCUUGGCACGAGUACCGGAUCGACCAGUGCCGCGACAGAGCCCACCGUCUGCUGUGGUUGA